AUGUUGCGUGCAUUGAAAAGACGAAAUUUUGCGGGCGAAAACGGGAUUUACGAUGUCAGGUAUCAUCAGCUGAACCGCCCCAGUUUUCUAGUGGGGGUGCGUACGUGUAAGUUCUUGGUGCGUGUGGGUAAGUUAACUCUUACUAUUAUAAGGUGUAUAUCGAUCUAUUAA